AGACAUGGCUGUAAUGGCUUCUCACCCGGAUGUUCAGACAACAGCUAAUCUCUAGUUUUCGCAAGCAGGCGUCGACAUCGCUAACACAAUGCAACAGGUGUCUGCCUGACAGACCCAUUGGUACAUUCAUUCGCUUCUCUGCUUGUUUUUCUUAUCAUCUCGCAUCGCCGGCACCACCGAGGGGUUGUAGAGGGGAUAACCUCCUCUACGUCAUCUCUCCCUCUUCGUCAGCACCCACUAAGGUCAACAAGAGAGAGGUAUGCUGCCUCCCCUUUCCUUCGAUGACGUGGACUAGUCCUCUCGCAGCUACACGCCCCGUCACUAGGCAGGUCCAAUAACGUGACAGGGGAGAGAGAGACUUUCUCAGGAUGUCGCCGUCGGCGAUAAGAUUUCCGAUGUUUUCCCCGAAGCCUCCCCAGUUCAGCAAAAGCAGAUUGGGUCAGGAAAAGAGACCUGCUGGCAGCUAUGUGUUAAACGGCGACGACGACACAUGGUCGUGAAUGAUUGCAGGCAUGUGGCCGAGCGUCUGCGGGGCGAGUGGAAGCAAGAUGGCAAGAAAAGUUGUUCCACUUCAGUUUAAAAUGGGCUGCCUGACAAGUGAAUCUUGACCCACAUGGGCCUAGACUUUGCUGUAGCUUGCACCUGCCUGCAACAGCAAGGUGGGUCUCUUCUUUGCAAGACUGCCCCAGGGAUACAGCACUGAAUGUUUUAUUCCUUCACCUGCAACCCUCAUGCCUUUCUGCCAACAUGUAUCAGCCACUGCCUAUGUUGACACUUCUAGCUGCAGUGCUGCCAUCCAGAGAUGAUCAUGGAGGAUAGUUCUGUGUUAAAAAGAUUCAGAGGAAGUCAUCUGGUCCUAAUACAUGUUUACAACACAUGAAUAUGGGGACCAGAUGAGAACACUAGUCACAUUUACCAGUGUUUCCAGCAUUCUUAAAGCAGCAUCAGCACCUACAGCAUCCUACAUCGUUAGUCAUGGCUUCAUUAGCACAUCGCACACGGAAGUAUUUUGUCAUGAUUUGCUUUUUGACAAUCUUUCUGCUGGUGGGUGUAUCAUGGUACUUGUAUAACUCACAAACUAAUCCAUCAGAACACAUGAGCCUCAAGAAGCCAUUCAAGCUGAAAGCUCAGUUGCAGGAUAUCGAUGCUAUGCGUCCAAGGACUAGAAUAAUUUUGUCAGGAGAUUCUUCACUCAAAAAUGCUGGUGACAAAAGCAUGAUACAGAGUUCUUAUGACAACAAAAGUGACAAUGUCUCCGUGGUGAAAUCUCUUCCUGUACAGCAUGCAGAUUUGUCUGGCCAGAAUAACCCCAUUCUGCCAAACGAAAAUACUGAGAACAGGCAAAUACUAAAAAAUCCAGCAAAUCAAGCCUACAGUAUUGGUCCAAGCUCACUUCCAAGUGAAAACCCAGAACACGGUAUACUACGGGUUAAACAGGAUGAAAACGGUGGUGAGCAAAAUGGAGACAAAAAUAGUGCAAGUAGUGAAAUCAUCCAUUUACAGUAUGGUGAAGAGCAGCAUCCUAGGGUGGAUAUUGAGAAUGAAGGUACCCUAUCCAAAAGAGGCUACGGCAGGGUUGUUGACAAAGAAGAGCAUGGAUAUCAGGAUCUGCAGAAUCAGGUUAGAGUUAGACCAAGUGAGGCGCAAGAGUUGGGUCAAGAAGGAAUCCUCACAGGUAUUCUGACUUGGACAUAAAUAAAGAGGAAGCUGAAGACUCGAGAAAGUUCAACGUGGAACACGCCAGCAAGCCAGAGAGUGAACGGUCACAGAAGGAUGCCUUUCAUUUAUGGAAAGAUAAUUCAGGUACCUUUUCUGAAACAAGGCAGCCUCAUAUUGCUUCAUUAAAUAUCAAGAAAGAUUUGGUUACAAAUAAAUCAGAUUCCUUGAAGAUGGA